AUGACAAUAAAUAUGAACAUUAAAAAGCAUCAUGAUGAUGAUGAUGAUGAUGAUGAUGAUGAUGAUGAUGAUGAUGAUGAUGAUGAUGAUGAUGAUGAUGAUGAUGAUGAUGAUGAUGAUGAUGAUGAUGAUGAUGAUGAUGAUGAUGAUGAUGAUGAUGAUGAUGAUGAUGAUGAUGAUGAUGAUGAUGAUGAUGAUGAUGAUGAUGAUGAUGAUGAUGAUGAUGAUGAUGAUGAUGAUGAUGAUGAUGAUGAUGAUGAUGAUGAUGAUGAUGAUGAUGAUGAUGAUGAUGAUGAUGAUGAUGAUGAUGAUGAUGAUGAUGAUGAUGAUGAUGAUGAUGAUGAUGAUGAUGAUGAUGAUGAUGAUGAUGAUGAUGAUGAUGAUGAUGAUGAUGAUGAUGAUGAUGAUGAUGAUGAUGAUGAUGAUGAUGAUGAUGAUGAUGAUGAUGAUGAUGAUGAUGAUGAUGAUGAUGAUGAUGAUGAUGAUGAUGAUGAUGAUGAUGAUGAUGAUGAUGAUGAUGAUGAUGAUGAUGAUGAUGAUGAUGAUGAUGAUGAUGAUGAUGAUGAUGAUGAUGAUGAUGAUGAUGAUGAUGAUGAUGAUGAUGAUGAUGAUGAUGAUGAUGAUGAUGAUGAUGAUGAUGAUGAUGAUGAUGAUGAUGAUGAUGAUGAUGAUGAUGAUGAUGAUGAUGAUGAUGAUGAUGAUGAUGAUGAUGAUGAUGAUGAUGAUGAUGAUGAUGAUGAUGAUGAUGAUGAUGAUGAUGAUGAUGAUGAUGAUGAUGAUGAUGAUGAUGAUGAUGAUGAUGAUGAUGAUGAUGAUGAUGAUGAUGAUGAUGAUGAUGAUGAUGAUGAUGAUGAUGAUGAUGAUGAUGAUGAUGAUGAUGAUGAUGAUGAUGAUGAUGAUGAUGAUGAUGAUGAUGAUGAUGAUGAUGAUGAUGAUGAUGAUGAUGAUGAUGAUGAUGAUGAUGAUGAUGAUGAUGAUGAUGAUGAUGAUGAUGAUGAUGAUGAUGAUGAUGAUGAUGAUGAUGAUGAUGAUGAUGAUGAUGAUGAUGAUGAUGAUGAUAAUCAAUAUAUAAUAAUUAUAACAACAUAA